AGGAAGGUUUCCUAAUGAAGCAGACUUGGUCCUUCCAACGUUGGCGUAGACGGUUCUUUCGGCUCAAAGGUCACAAGCUCUACUACGCUAAGGAUUCCAAGAGUGAAGUCUUCGAUGAAAUCGAUUUAUCAAACCUUUCCUUCGCCGAGUGCAGCACAAAAAACAUAAAUCACAGUUUUCAGGUCAUCACACCAACACGAAGCUUGGUCUUGUGUGCCGAAUCUCGACGCGAAAUGGAGGAUUGGCUGUCUGCCCUGAAAGCAGCCUCAGCUCAGGAUUUCUUUGAACCUGGCCCAUCGGAUCCGGACUUCCUGUCGAAUCACCAUCACUGGUAUGCAACAUCUCAUGCCCGGCCAACGUACUGCAACGUCUGCCGUGAGGCUCUGUCCGGGGUCACAUCCCAUGGACUCUCGUGCGAAGUCUGCAAGUGGAAGGUGCACAAAAGAUGCGCCGCCAAAGCCAUUGCCAACUGCAAAUGGACAACACUUGCGAGUGUUGGCAAGGACAUCAUUGAGGAUAAUGAUGGAAAUAUCCUCAUGCCGCAUCAAUGGAUGGAGGGUAAUCUUCCGGUGGCAGCAACGUGUGCCGUGUGCAAGAAAACGUGUGGCUCCGUACUCAGAUUGCAGGAUUGGAGAUGUUUGUGGUGUCGAGCUACAGUGCACACAGCAUGUCGCCCAAAUAUGCAGAUGACGUGUCCUCUAGGUCCAGCACGAGUGUCCGUUGUGCCCCCCUCAGCGCUCCAUUCCGUUGGAGUGGACGAGGCAUGGGACGUUGUGAAGCCCCAUGGAAGCUUUUCACCCCUUCUGGUAUUCGUCAAUUCCAAGUCUGGAGACAAUCAGGGCGUGAAGUUUCUGCGGCGCUUCAAGCAACUCCUCAAUCCUGCCCAAGUGUUUGAUCUCAUUUCCACAGGACCUGGUCUGGGGUUGAGGUUGUUUCGUCACUUUGACCCCUUCCGGAUUCUUGUAUGCUCCGGAGAUGGAUCAGUGGGUUGGGUACUAAGUGAAAUCGAUCGACUCGACAUGAAUAAGCAAUGUCAGAUUGCGGUGCUUCCUCUGGGAACGGGAAAUGACUUGGCCAGGGUGCUGGGUUGGGGUUCAUCCUGUGAUGAUGAUACCCAUCUGCCGCAGCUGGUGGAACGGUAUGAAAAAGCCAGUACAAAGAUGCUAGACCGAUGGAGUGUUAUGGUGUUUGAGAGGGCUAUUGGUGGGAUUCGAACCCCCAAGAUGUCCAUAUCAAACCAUCCAGACCCUUAUUUGAGCAACGUAGAGGAGACUACGACAUGGCAUCUGCAGGCCCUGCUCGAGACAGAGGACCUGCAAGUGAUAAUAGCCGCUACGAAGGACCUCUGUGACACAGUCAAUACCCUGCUGGCCAGGAUCGGAGACUGUGUCCGGAGUGAUGAACAGCUAGGUAUAAAGUGUGAUAUUCUACGACACAAGCUCGUGAUGCUACUGGACAGUCUCCAGGAGGAGGAGAGUGGCAUCCAUGGAGACGAUGAUCUCGUCAAGACGCUUAAUGACAUUGCCAAGAGAAGCUUGGCUGAAAGGCGCUCCAGCACGUGUGAGAAGGUGCUGUUCGAGAAGACGGAAAAAGACAAGCUCAACACAAAGGAACGUAGGAGUCGACAGAGAUUGGGUGAGAAGGAAGCUCUCCUGUCUCGUGCCAACAGCCUCAAGCGAGCUGUGAGCAAUAUUGUAAAGCAUUCCGAGAGGAUAAAACCACGGCAUUUCCGCCGACUCUCCACCCAAGCUGACAGCUUAAAAAUCCAUACGCCCUCAUUUGAGUCGUCCCCCUGCCCAUCCCCCUCAUUCCAAAUACCACCCAUCAAUAUUAUCUCACCCACGGUCUCGAUGACCCACCUCUCUUGCAUCUCUCCACUGCCAGAUUUACGGCGAGACUCCACAGAUGAGUACUUCUUCAACACAGUUAGUCUCCCGGUACCCACGCAGUUUGCCGACAAUGGUAGUCGCCGAAGUUCAGGGAUUCCCGAAAGUAUUCAAGAACUGGAGGAAGCCAGUAGUCAUACAGAGAAACUGUUCCCCUUCUGCAAAUCAGAUGAGAGACGUAGGUCCUCAUCAACCUCACCACAGACCCUCAAGCCACCCACAAUUGAGAUCAGGAGUGACUUCCUCACCGUAGACUCCAUUCCUGAGCGAUUGUCCUCGGAGCAUAGGCCAUCAUUUGAUGAUGGGGCUUCGGAGGCUUUUGCUGAAUCUCUCAUUGUGCCCAAUAUUGUUGUCCCUGAGAAACCCAGCAAUGUCUAUACCAGUGACAAUAUGACCAUCAUCGAUACAGACGCACCCGAUAGAUCCUCCUCGGAAGAUAUUCCUGGGGAGGCAAGUGACGUACUUUCAGCCAUCAGCAACGAAGAGUGUAGCGUAACCUCUGAGAUCCUUGACAAAGCUCCUGACGUUGAUCCUCAAGGCUUCGUCGCUGAGCAGAUUCAGGAUCUAGAGUCUGAUCGAAUAUGCCACAUCGAUUCGCCGGAAACGAGUGAUACAACGGAUGCUCUCCAUGGAGAGAGUCUAAUGGAUGACAUCAGUUCAGUGCUGGGACAGGAUAUUCUGGGUGCUCUGCAAGACAACACAAUCACCGAGGACACAACAACUCUCUGUGCUCCUGAGAAGCCCAGGAAGAGAUCGCUAAAGAAGAAGCUAUCCUCCAACGGAAAAUCCGUUCAUGAAACUGUAACUGAAGAGAAGGAGAACAAACCUGAUGAUCAACCAUUUGGGUAUGAGAACAUGGUCUUCAAUAUAGAUCAUAGAAAAGAGGAGAAACCUAUCCGAUACUGCAGCCUGGCGCAAUUUGUCGAGGGCAACGAUAUAGCAAGGAAGAGUUUCAAGAGACCGAAAACUGCAAGUGCCUCAAAAAGCAAGACAGAACCACAGGAGUGUGGUGACAAUUUAGACACAAUCAAAAUCCAAAUACAGGGAUCACAUUCCGAUCUAUCUGACACAGAGACUUUCAAGAAGCCCGACAACAGGCGUCACAUCAGCUUCGACGAGUCGUGCAAGAAGGAGUCAGCCGAUCAAAGACCAUCACCGUAUUUUCCCAAGGUAAGUGUAGUCGUGGAGCCCCCUUCCCCGGCAAUUACUAAUGAGCUCCGAGUGCAGCGCUCCGCCGAGAUUCGUCGCCAUUCCAGUCACUCGCCCAGCCUAACGGUUCGCGAGUACGAGAGGGAGCGCGAUCGACGCCACUCCGGUUUCAAUCCCAACCUCCUGGGGCUGGAUCAGGAACACAUGCGCUUCCUCAAUUGCUCCCCAGCAGCUUCGCGUCGGAUUAGUUGUGGUAGUCUGUACAAGCCCAAUGAAGCAUUGCCAAUUGGGUUGUCCAAGGCUAACCUCCUAGGCAGUACGGCGGCCGGAGUGGAUGGGAAGGAUGAGAAAGAUGAGAAGAGUAAACAGGAGAAGGAUGAUCAGAAGAUGAAACGUCUACCCAUUAUCAAUCCCCUCGUUCGUUUGCCCUCAUGGCCAAAUGUUACCAGUGGCACAGGAUUCAUUUCCAAGUGUCUCCUGGCCAAUGCAGAUACCCUCUGUGCUGCAGUAUCGCCCCUAAUGGACCCUGACGAGACCCUUCUUGAAGGGUUCUACGAGAAGUGCGUCAUGAAUAACUACUUCGGCAUCGGGAUUGAUGCAAAGAUCUCCUUGGAUUUCCACAACAAACGUGAGGAGCAUCCUGAAAAAUGCCGAUCUCGUGCCAAAAACUACAUGUGGUAUGGUGUCUUGGGGUCUAAGCAGUGGCUUCAGAAGACCUACAAGAACCUAGAACAACGUGUUCAACUUGAGUGCGAUGGCCAGAGAAUUCCCUUGCCAUCACUCCAGGGUAUCGUGGUGCUCAAUAUACCCAGUUUCAUGGGCGGUACUAAUUUCUGGGGUGGAAAGAAGGAGGAUGACUGCUUCCUAGCACCUAGCUUUGAUGACAGAAUCCUCGAGGUGGUGGCUGUCUUUGGUUCAGUUCAAAUGGCAGCGUCUCGGCUAAUCAACCUACAGCAUCACCGAAUAGCUCAGUGCCAGAGUGUUCAGAUCAAUAUCUUAGGAGACGAAGAUAUGCCUAUUCAGGUUGACGGGGAAGCUUGGCUUCAACCACCGGGAAUGAUUAGGAUCAUCCACAAAAAUCGUUGUCAGAUGCUCUGCCGGAAUAGGAACCUUGAGAUAUCAUUGAAGAGUUGGCAGGAAAAGCAGAGACAGCACAGUAUUAGCAUUGCGAGGGAACAAACUUCCACAACAUCGGACAUAGGGGUGGGAUCCGAUCAGUUCCUUUCAGAGCGGGAGUCCUACCUCCUUCUGAACUUUAUCGAAGUGUCAUCAUCGCUCGUGAAAUGGGUUAAAUUCCUAAUCAUCAGUCAUCCAUCGCUUCAGCAUGAACUGUAUGCUGUAGCUUGUCGUACAUCGGAAGCUCUGGAAGCUAUCCAUCCUAAUGGUAAAAUUAUCGACGGACCUAAUCUAAGGUCGCAACUAGCUGAAGUCGUAACGUGUUCAAGACAUCUGUAUGAGGAGACAUGCGAUCUCCUCCGUGCUCGCGGGUCGAGCCUCAUCUUGCGGGAGGAUUUGGAGACCAAGCUAAGUGUCUCCCUGGCUAACAUGGAGAUGGAGUUGCGAAAGUGUACGAUCCACAAAGACAAAAACGUACCGAAGGCCUACCUUAACGUUCUAGCACCGCACUAUGAUAAUGAUCAUGGUCGUAAAAAGUCCAAACCGUUUUGGUUGCGCUUCCGCAGUAGAGAUAGCACUCCUAACACUAGGGAUCUCCAUACUAGGGAUACUGUGUCCACUUGGGGAGUUACGGAAGUUGCAACCUGGCUUGAAGCUAUGCAAUUGGCUGAGUAUGUGGAUAGUUUCACGAAGAAUGACAUCCGAGGGAAGGAGUUGCUAACUCUAGGAAGGCGUGACCUAAAGGAUCUAGGCGUGACUAAGGUAGGCCACGUUAAGAGAAUCCUGCAGGCCAUCAAGGACCUAGGUGGCGCCUAAAUCGCCAACCCAAAACAUGAACCUAUGUGAUCACUCUUCACCAAACCCUCCCGCCUUCAUCUUGUGAAAUCUUUGUAAAGAGUGUCCUUUCUCCCAACAUUUCCAUUUCAUUGAUCAUCGUUAUAAGAAACCUAACCUUAGAGAAAAUUUCCACGCGUAGAGAUUAUAUUUUCUAUAUCUAACUAUUAAACAAAACAUACAGAGAUACCAUUUUAGAAUAAAGAAAAAAGAACCUCAAUUGUGAAUUGAUUAGAACAAAAAAAAACCAAAAAGAAAAAAUUGAUAAUCCCAAAACGUAUUUAGAUAAAUGAUCCUUAGAAUUUAGUAAACACAAUUAAUUGCAAUUUGAUGUAGAUUUUAUCCCACACUGAGAAUAUAUUCUAAAUUACCAAGCAAUUAAACAAAAAUUUAAUAUUUCCUCCUUUUUCUCUUUCCAAUGAUUCAUACCUUUACCAAAAACAAAUUUAAGAAAAAUAUAUAUUUAAAAUUAUUCAAAGAGAGAGAUAAUCUCAAUAAAAGCUGUAUAAAGUUAAACUUGUAAGAUUGUAAAUUUUAAUUAGAUCCUAGGAAAGUUUAUUUUAUCGAAGAGGUUAUAAAACAUCGCAAAGAAAAACAAUGAGCCCCUAAAAGAAAGAACAAUAUAAUUUUUCCGCAUGUCCCGUCUCUAUCUCUCUCCGUUGGACUUUUCACGAAAAAUUAUAUUGUUUUCCAGAGCGAAAAAAUGAAUUUGUUGCAGUAUAUAUUUGUAAGGCAACCCAGAGAUUAAAUUAAAGAGAUAUUGUUAAGUAGAUAAUUAAUUAAAAAAAAAGAAAUUAUAGUGUUUAGUUAAGCAAGAGAAUCAACAUUAAAUUAACAUUUAAGAAAUUCCUAAUACUGCGAUAAUCAAAUUGAAAAUUUUUUGAGUGAAUUUGAUAGGAAAGUUUGCUAGUAGAGCGAAAAGAAAAGACGUUUUCAACGAAUUUUAUUUUCUAUAUUUUAACAUAUCACAAAGUUCUACGCUAUUGCCCCAUGAAAGAACUUUGAACGAGAGAGAUUAUACUUUUCUUAACCUUAAAAUUUUAUAAAAUCUUUUUUAAAAUGAUCUUUAAAAGAAUUGGCCACGCUCUCUUUAAGCGUUCUUUACCAAGGGAAGGUGUUUCUGAGACAAUAUCCGGAGUUUUAAAGCAACUCUUUAGUUUUUAAUAUUCUUUUGAAUAUUUUUAGUUUUUGGAAUUUUGAAAAAUCUUUGUUUAAAAGUAAAAAUUAUUAUGCAUAACCUUCAAAUUUGACAUAUCUAUCCGAUUGUGGGCAAGAUUGUCAAAGAAGUUUCAAAAUUUAAGGUUAUGGACGAAAAUUAAUAAUUGAGGUUAUGUCCCACUGUGUUAACCUCAAAAAACCUAUUAUGCAACAAAAAACCCUAUUCUUAUUUAACUCUUUCCGGACCGCAGCAUAAGCUCCAAGCCAAUUUCACAAUUUUUUAAUCAAAAAUAUCUAAGCUCAGGAAUUAAUUGAGGUCCUACAAAAAAUAUCAUACAUUAGGACAUCCUUUCAGUUUGUAAUCAUCCACAAGAAUCGGAUUUUUAUCAGUUAUAAAUAAUUAAAAAACAUCGUUUUUCACAGAAUAUUCAUAUGCUGCUUUGGGUACUCAGAGUCCCAAAAGAGACGAAAGAGUUAACCAAAAACCUUUGAAAACGUUUUAUUGGUUAUGUUUAAUCUAACGAUUAACCUUCAAACUUCAACAAAACGUUCCUUAUUUUUUUUAAUUGAAAAUGAAUACAGGGACUUCCGCUUUCAAAGAAAUUUGCAGGACUGAAAAAAUCCCACGAAUUCACUCGAGUGACAGAAAAAUUGCAUACUCACAGGAGAAGUCUUUGGAAUAAAUUAGGGGAGUUACGGAAACGCCAUUCGCCAUUCCGACGUAUUUUCAGCGCCAACAUAUUUACAUAAAUUUAGGGGCAAUACAAAGGUAAUUUAUGCAAUUCAUAUCAAGUUCUUUCAAUCCGUUUUCACUUAAGCCGAAACUCUCUGUAGAAGUUCUUACCUGAAUAAUUUUAGAGAUUCUAACCAUUUACUGGAGGUCCCGAAAUUAUGUACAGUCUUGAGAAUGAAGUAAAUCGUACGAAAUGGUUUUACGCAUUCUGUGUCAUGUUUUUGGAAGAAAAUUCUGAUAAAAAUUGCAAUUUUAUUUUUACCUCUUGUUCCUCAAUUGUAGGAGGAUGAUUGAAGUAAUGGCUAAAUCCAGCGAACAUAGUUAGCUGAAAAAGACAGCGUUUUCAGCAUAUUUUUGCUAAGUCGAUCAGCUGACCGGUCAGCAGUUCUCGAACAAAAAGUCCUAACUAAAUAUGUGGAAAUGGCACUGCCACGCGAGUGCCGUAUAAAGAUUACCAGAAUUCAACUCAAGAUGCAUACUUUUCCAGCUGAAUUGAUAGUGGCUUAUAUAUCGUGCAACAGGAAUAACUUACUAAUUCGUUAGCUUUUUCCGGAAUCCAAAUUCUAAUUUUAUUUCCCGAUCUUGACAUAAUAUUGCCUCCCAACGUGAAGUAAAAGGUUACGUUCUAUAGUGUAUAUUAUGUUUUAUAGGUUAUGUGUUUUAGUCCGGGUUGCAUAAAAUUCUAAACUCAGAAAUAGAACAAGAACUCCAAAAGAGCUUUGGUUUCACAGUAAAACAUAAUAAAUAAUUGGCGUUUUAAAACUUCGAAGUUUGUUUGAUCUGCAUAAAAAUCUACUAGAAUUUUUUGGUUAAGUUUCAGAGGUUAGAAUUAGAAGAGUUAGAAGAGUUUCUAAUUUCUGAUUCUGAAAAAGGUAAAUUAUUGUGAAAAAAUUUAAAAUUAUUCAAAAAUGUUGCUACAAAUUGAUUUUCUUAGGUUAUAGUCAUUAUAACCUUACAAGAAACUACAGUAAUUUUUUGGUUAUAUUUUCAAGGUUAGAAUUUUUGAACAUAUUAAGUGCAAACUAUUCAAAGUAUCCUUGUUUUUUCCUAUUUGGGAAUUUAAAUUGUCCAGAAAAAACAUGGUGCUUUAACACUCAAAAUAUGGUAGAUAUUUUCUUAGAUUAGAGUCGUUAGAGUCAACAUAACUUCAUAAGAAAUCUAUUGCAAUUUAUUGGUUAUCAUGAGUGUUUACGAUCAAAAAUAAAGUAAAAAUUUUCUGAGGUUAUAUUUUCAAGGUUAGAAUUUUGAGCACAUGAAAUGCAAACUAUUCAAAAUAUCCUUGUUUUUUCCUGUUUGAGAAUUUAAAUUGUCUGGAAAAUGUUUCAACGAUAAGAAUAUGCUAGAUAUUUUCUUAGGUUAGAGUCAACUUAACCUCAUUAGCCAACUAUUGCAAUUCAUUGGUUAUGAGUUUGAGAUUAAAUUUUGUGCAUAAGAUUUGAAAACCAUGAAGAAAUAUCCUUAGUUUUUAUUAAUUUAGAGUGUUUACGAUCAAAAAUAAAGUAAUAAUUUUGUGAGGUUACAUUUUCAAAGUUAGAAUUUUAGUAUCAUUUUUUAGUAUAUUAUUGUUUUUUUCUAUUAGAGAAUUUAAUUUUUCCAGAAUCUUUUAACGAUCAAAAUAAAGUAGAUGUUUUCUUAGGUUAGAGUUAACAUAACCUCAUAAACCAAUUAUUUCAAUUUAUUGGUUAUGAUUUUGAGAUUAAAUUUUGUGCAUAAGAUUUAAAGACUUGUGAGGUUAAGGUUAACAUAACCACGAAUUUUCAAAUAACUUCUCAGAGUAAAGAAUGAGUACCAGGGUGGCUAGUAUCUCUUCGUUUUUAGGUAAAUAAAAUAUCCCGAAAACGUUAGAAAAUAUUGGUAUUAUAGCAAAUUUAAGGUUAAUUUCUCAAAUGUCUAUAACCUCAAAGAUUUUUCAAAAUUCCGCCAAAAUAAAUGUAUAAAUUACAUUCAAUUGAGCCCAAUUGAUCUAGCUGUGUACAUUGAACUCUCAGUAACACCUAACCUUGCUAUUCACGCAUAUCUUGCGUAUAAAAUUAACUUCCUGCGAAUUUUGGGGCUAUAGAAAAAUUUUCCUUUGGUCUCUGCACACCUCAUUUGUUUUCACAGAGACACUUUGAAAAAUAAUACCAUCGGAGAAGAACAAGAAAAGAAAGCCUGUGAGACAGAGAUCAUUUGUGAAGAAGAAAAAUAAACACACUCUUUGAAAUUCAGCUGCAAAGAAGAAGCCAGAAAAGUGAGAAAAGUGGCAAAAAUAUGACGAAAAGAAAAAAAAAGAAAUUUGAGAUAAAAUGCCUUUUGACGUGCUGUUAGUCCAUGAAAAAAAAGAAAAGAAAAACUAAUUAAAAAAUUAUAGGAGUACUACCUAAAAGAUAUUUCCUUUUUUUUCCUGUGUAUGACAAUGAAAAAUUGUUCCACAAACAUUCCAUGAAUAUGAAAAUUUUCCGUAUAAAACCGAGAUUAUAUAGUAAAUACCUUCCCAUCCUAUAUCCAUUUCAGCGCAAUUAUUUUUCAUCUCUCAUUCUUGAAGCCAUCAAAAAAGCUCCCGCCUCCCCCCGCCCCAGUUUGAGGACCAAAAACCAACGAAAUUUACAUUUUACUUUAUUUACACUCCCUUUUGUGUAUUCACAACACAUAAGUAUUGUACGAAAAGUGGAAGAAAAUAGUCUUGUACAACCAAUCUACAAAAAGAAAAA